AAUAUCAAAAUCUUUCAAAAAUGUUCAAAUUUCUGCCAAUUUUUCAAUUCCACAGAAAUUUCAGCACGAAGACAACAGGUUGGAUAUAUUCUGGAAAACAAGGAGUGUUCAUUGAUUUGAUAGUGAAGCCCAAAGCCAGAGUCAAGCAAACUUGUAUAACAGAGACCACAACGCAAGGCGUUGUGGUGAAGGUUCCUUUACCCCCAACAGAUAAUAAGGUUAAUAAUGAGCUGGCUAGAUAUUUCACUAAAAUCCUGAACUGAGAUACUAGUAUUGCAAAAGGCCAUAAGAGUAGGAAAAAGACUCUGAUUUGAGCCACAAAAAGCGACUGUGUUGAGAUCCAGACUAUACUCAAACAUAAUAUUACAUAGACCAGAAUAACAGUUCCAAAAAAUAACGCUUUU